AUGAGGAUGCACGAGACGGUGCACGGCUUCCCUGGGAUGCUAGGGAGCAUCGACUGUAUGCACUGGCAGUGGAAGAACUACCCGACGGUGUGGAGAGGCCAAUUUACCAGUGGCUACAAGGGCAGCCACCCUACGAUGAUCCUAGAAGUCGUCGCUGGCCACCGCCUUUGGAUCUGCUGCCCAAUUGGUGAGAGGAGAGUCUUGUUUGCGGCAAAGCAGGAGUCUGCGCGGAAGGAUGUGGAGCGGGCUUUUGGGGUGCUCCUAUCGCAGUGGGCAAUCGUGAAAGGUUCGGCGCGUUUCUGGUUCAAGGAAGUCAUCACCGACGUCAUGUAUGCGUGCAUAAUCAUGCAUAACAUGAUAGUCGAACAAGAAGUUGGACAUGUCACCGAUUGGGUGGAUGAUGAAGCUGGACCUAGCUCCAGCACCGCGACCCCGCCUGUCGCUCGAGGAUUACCAAUGGGCUUCAGUGAGGUUCUACAGCAACAGACCUCAAUGCGCAGCCAACAAGACCAUACUCAGCUCAUGACCGACAUGAUUGAAGAAGUUUAG